CCACCUAGCUUUCUCAAAAGAACCAGUUUUUGCCCUAAACAAGAAGAAGGAGAAGAACCACACUGCACUUUGCAGUCUGCAUCAGGCUUCUGUUUCAUAUAAAACAGAAAAAAAGAGAAGAUGGGUAGAGGAAGAGUUGAGCUAAAGAGGAUAGAGAACAAGAUAAAUCGACAAGUUACAUUUGCUAAGAGAAGAAAUGGGUUGCUUAAGAAAGCUUAUGAGCUUUCUGUUCUUUGUGAUGCUGAGGUUGCUCUUAUUGUUUUCUCUAAUCGUGGCAAGCUCUAUGAGUUCUGCAGCACCUCUAGUAGCAUGGCAAAGACAAUUGACAAGUACCAGAGAUGCAGUUAUGCACCAGUAGAAUCCAAUCAAUCUAUGCAUGAUACACAGAGUUGCUAUCAGGAAUAUUUGAAACUGAAAGCAAAAGUAGAGAUGCUGCAGCGUUCACAGAGGAAUCUUCUUGGUGAGGAAUUGGGAGAUUUGAACACAAAAGAGCUUAAGCAGCUUGAACACCAGCUUGACUCCUCAUUGAAGCAAAUCAGGUCAACAAAGACCCAAUUUAUGGUUGAUCAACUUUCUGAACUUCAAAGGAAGGAAGAAUUGUUAUUGGAGACCAACCAUGCUUUAAGGAAGAAGCUGGAGGAAACUGAUGCAGCUCUUCAAUCAUCAUGGGCAACUAGGGAACAAAAUGUUCAUUACAACCACCACCCAGCUGCUCAACCAGGAGAUUUUGUCAAUCCUUUACAAUGCAAUAGAAAUUUUCGAAUUGGUUUCAAUGCAGGGGAAACAGGUCAAGUGACUGUUGCAGCAACCACAGAACAAAAUUUUAACGGAUUCAUACCUGGGUGGAUGCUUUAAUGUCAUGAAAAUUUCACAGAAAUUCCAAGUAAAGUUCUAUAGAAUCAUAUGAUAUGCUCAUAUUGGCUUCUUGGGCAACUGUAGAUACUGUUUUGAAGUAAUUAAACUGCUUGUAAUAAACAAACUCUCACUGUUGUAAUCAUUUUGUGAACCAAGUUUGCACUUAAUAUUUGUUAUUUUGAAGUUGCU